AUGACAUUGCCUGAUGCAAGGAAUAAUGAGAAGAGCGACUUUGAUCCAGAGCAGGAAGAAAGUUGUUUGCAGGCGUCACAUGUAACCCUUCCUGUAGCUGAAGGUGAAAGUGAAACUUCGCACUGCGAGAGUUCAAGGCUCUCCUUAAUAAAUGAAGACCACCGUAAUGAUUCAAGAAAUGCAACAGUGGAGGGUAAUAGUAGAGAUGAUAAUAAAAUUGAUUUGGCUGUACCGAAUAACCUUCAGAAUGAAACAGAUAAAAUGUUAGAUUCUCAGUCAAACAAAUUAAGCAAUGAAGUAUUCGAAGACAAAGGAAAGACAUUGCUAGACUACAAACACGAGGAUGAGGAUAUUGCUAAAUUUUCCGACGACGAAAUUAUAAUUGACAAUCAAAACAUUUCUUCGCUGGAUGAAUCAAGUAGCAAUUCUGAAUCUGAAUCUGAAUCUGAAGGAGAGUCAACUACUGACGAUCGUGAACCAUUAUCGAAAGAAGCUUCUGAAAUCAGGGGAAUAAAGGCAAUACAUAGUAAUAGAGAUGAAUUUGAUGAUGAUGAAGAAGAUGAAAAUAGUGCUGGCCCCAUUUUAUCCAAAAAUGAGAUUAUAGAUGAAAAAGCACCGCUGCUUCCAAAAGAUUAUACAAUACCCCCGUCGGCACCAUUAGAACUAGUAGGAGAAAUUACUGGCAUAUUUGAGAGGAAUAUUGUGAUAAAAGCGAAUAUUUCCGGAGAGUUUAGGAUUUUGAAAGAUAACUCAGUUUUAUGCUUAGAAGAUAGGACACUUCUUGGUCCGCUCUUUGAAACAUUCGGAAGAUUGCAGGCUCCUUUUUACAGAGUGAAAUUUAAUUCAGACGAAGAAUUUGAAAGCUUUACUAGUAAGAAGGGUGCAAAGGUUUACUAUGUUGUCCCAAGCUCUCAGUUUUUAUAUACAGACUCGAUAAAAAAUAUAAAAGGAACGGAUGCAAGUAACUGUCAUGAUGAAGAAUUACCCGAAGAAGAGCAAGAGUUUUCAGACGACGAAAGGGAGCUUGCAGCAAAGCAAGUGAGGAAGAAGAAAAAGAAAGAGAAGAACAAUUCAAAAGUCCCACCCAAAAUCCAUCAAAAUAUAAAUGACCAAGGAAAGAGGCAAACCACAGAUAGCAUCUCUCAGGCUAAAAGAUUUCAACCUUACGGCUAUGCUCAACUGCACCCCCAAGCUCCUGAAUACCAUACUGCAUAUGAAACCAAUAAUUUUAUGAACAACGGUUACACGAGCUACCAACCUCUACACUUACAAAGUAAGUUUUUCCCUGCAUUUGAGAACAACGGUGCUACUUAUGGGCUGAGUUUUCCACUGAAUCAAAAUCUUAUAAUGAAUAAUUUUUUAGCACCUAACAUCCAGGGCCAGUAUCAGCUAAAUCCUUCUAACUUUUCACCUAGCCAGUUCAACCAUCCAAAUCCUUCUAGCUUUUCACCUAGCCAGUUCAAUCACCCAACAACUAGCAAUGCAUCUUUGUCGCACCAUACUCCUUCGCAAAGUCAUGUGGAGCAAGAACAAUUAUUGCAAUUACAGCAACUCAUCGUAAGUCGCUUGAAGAGUCAAAAAGAUCAAAGUUCCGAUACAGGUGGUCAGGGAGACGGUAAUAAUCCAUAG